AUGGAUCAAAAUGAAGCAAACAUUAAUAAUGAAAAUAAUGAAAAUAAUGAAAAUGAAAAUUGUCAAAAUGAACCAAUAAAUAAUAAUCAAAAUAAUAAUAUAGAUAUUGAAAAAUCAAAAAAAAAAUUAAAUGAAACUGAAAUUGAAUUUUUAAUGUUGGGAAUUGAAAACUCAAUAAGUUUAAAGCUACUUGAAAAAUUUAAAAGUUUUAAUGACAAAAAUAAAACCAAUUUAAAUCAAAUAAGAUACACACCUCAAUAUAUGGAUAAAUUAUUUAUGGAAGAUUUUGAAAUUAAAGAAUGUCAAAACAAGAAAGAUUAUACUAUAAUGCUGGAUAUAGAAAAUUAUAUUGGAAAUGAAUUUAAAAAUAAUAAAUUAUUAUUAUUUGUAGUACCAAAUGAUUGGUUACUUAAUUUUCAUCAAACAAUUAGGGCAUUGUUUUCAUCUUUUAUUGGUAAUGGCUUUAAUUUAAUUAUUGAAAAUGAACAAAUAGAUGUUGUACCGUUUGGACUGACAAUGGAUAUUCCGGAAUUUAGAGCAUCGUGUAAACUUAAUGGACAUAGUUCAAAUGAAUAUUCAUGUCACACAUGUGACAAACCAAGAGAUGGUUUAUUUAUUUGCAAAUCAGGUACAUUAAGAAAACAAGAAGAUAUUACAAAUUUUCACUCCACCAAACCAAAUUAUGCUGAAUUAAAUGCUGAUAUAGAAUUAAAAAAAGUAUGGGAAAAAAAAGCAAAAGAUAUUGGUAUCAAAGGUGUGGACAGAGGGUGGGUCGAACCCUUAAAUUAUUUAAAAACUCAACCAGACAUUUUACAUAAUAUUUUAUUAGGUGUCGCACAAAGAUGUUUAAAUUACAUUUUUGAUAAAUAUAAAAAUAAAAUUGCAAAUUUUUUAAAUAAUUUAAAAAAUGCAAAAAUAAUAGAUAACAAACCAAAACCAUCAAUUUCACUAUUUUCAAAUAAAACAAGGAAAGGAAGAGAGAAUAGAUCAAUAUUAUAUUACCUUUUAAUAUCAAUUAAAAAUCAAAUAUCAAAUGAAGAUUUUUUAAUUAUGGAACAAUUAGUAACUAUAUGUUUUAAAUUAUAUAGUGACUCUUUUGAUGAAAAUGAUUUAAACAGCUUUAUAAUAAAUUUAAAAGGUCAUUUUUAA